AUGGGCUGGAGGGCCCCUGCCCCCAAGCCGGAGGCCAAGGGAAACCCUGUCGAGUUCACCACUAUGCUGCAACAUGCACGUGAUAUCAGAUACGCAAGUCGAAGCUCAGCAGCACCAGCAGCACCAGCAGCACCAGCACCAGCAGCACCAGCAGCACCAGCACCAGCACCAGCAGCAGCAGCAGCUGGAAGGAGGAACUCUAGAGAGAGUAACCCCCCGCCGCAGCAGCUCCUGCUGCAGCAGCAACUGCUGCAUCAACUUCUUCAGCAGCUGAGUGGCGACUCCGAGAAGCUUGAGCUCCAGCAGCAACAGCAACAGCAACUAUUGACGGCCGAACAAAAAUCUGCUCGAAUGCGGGAAGUGCAACAGCAACAGCACCAGCAACAGCAGCAGCAGCAGCAGCAGCCCCUACAGCAGCUGCUGCAGCAGCAGCACCAGCAGCUGCAACAACACCUGCAGCAGCAGCGACAAGAGCAACAGCUGCGGCAGCUGCAGCAGCAACAGCAGCUGCAACAUGUUCAACGACAGCAAGCACAGCUGCAGCAGCUACAGCAGCUUCAGCAACUGCAACAGCAAGGAGGCAUCCCCGCAGAUACUCUUUUGCGGCUUCAGCGGCUACUAGGAGUCUCCGUAAAUCACGCUGCUGUUGCAGCGGCAGUGUCGCAACAGCAGCAGCAACAACACCACCAGUUGCAUGCAGCCGCAGAGGAUGCAACGCUGCGAUGCGGAGAAAUCGCCUUUCAAGGGCUUGAGCCAAUCCAAGCUUCUCCAGUCGCAGCUUCGCAGCAUCAAGACUCGAUGAAAUUGCUGCGGCAGCGCCUCCAGCAGCUUGAUCGGAUGAAGCACACCCGUGAGAUGCAACAGCAGCAACAGCAGCAACAGCAACAGCAACAACAGCAACAGCAGCAGCAACAACAACAACAGCGGCCCCUACUGCAGCGAGAGGGUGAAGCAGUGCAGCAUCUGCUGGGCUGUCUGCAAAUGCUGCGACACCAGCAGCAGCAGCUACUGCCGACUCGAGGAGAUCUCCCUGCUGCUGCUGCUGCUCUUCCUCCCGCUGCAGCUCCUCCUUCCCCGAAAACUGCACAUGGAGACGCUCCGCUGCCUUCUCUGCAGCAGCGUUUAGUAUCCUUCUUGUCGCAACAGCAGCGGCAGCAGGGGCGACUGCUGCAGAUAAUUUCGCAGCAUCAUCGGCAGCAAGACGACCUUCAAGGUGAGCAGCAGCAGCAGCAGCAGCAGCAGCAGGGGGAGGCUCUUCGGCAGCAGAGAGCUAAGCUUCUGAAUCGCAUCAUUCGACUUUUGCAACAGCAGCAGCAACAGCAGCAGCAGAGCAGCUCUGGGGAUGGCGAGGACUGCCAUCCACAAGAGAUCCUACCAGAGCAACAGCACGCAGCAGGAGUUCAGCGAGCGACUGUGCGCUUGACUCGGGGGUGUGCAGAGGUGCAAAUAUCCGACGGUGAGGAGACACCAACAACGGCAGCAGCAGCAGAAGCAGCGAUUGCAGCGGCAGCGGCUGUGUCUGCUUCACUGCAGAACGAGGAGCAGCAGGAUGUUGCUGGCGCCGCCUUGACAAGAUACGCCCUUGCAGGGUUAAGGCCGUUGCUACAAGCUGCCUAUGACUUGCCACACUUUCCGACGCAGACUGCUGCUGCAGACAGGCAGCAGGGGGAGGAGGGGAGAAGCGGCAGCCUUCUUGGCUCCACACUUGCUGCAUGCCUCUCGGACGGAAAUCAGCAACUGCCGAAAAAUGAGGCUGGCAGCGCACACAUAGGUUUGGGGGUGUCUGAGUGGCAGCGCGACAACGCCUUUCUCUUCUUCGAGCUGGCGAAGCUGCUCCGCAGCUUCGCUGCCUUGCCGCAAGAACCCUUGCUGGAAUGCCUCUUAAGAGUUGCUCCGCAGCCACAAGCCUUAUCGCAGAGUGCCUCUCAAGGAGAAGGAGGAGAAGGAGGCCUAGCGACGCAGACAACGGAGGAUACAGCAGCAACAUUAACAACAGCAGCAACAUUGACGAAGGAUGUUACUGCAGCUGUUGCUGCGGCUGCGUCGUCGACAGAGUUGCCAGAAGUUCGCGCAAGCAGCAGGCGGCAAGAAGAAGACAUGGCGGUGCAAAAGGAUGCUUCUUCUUGCCAGGAAGAGGAAACUGCCGCUGAAGGUCAAACGGCCUCUCCAGCAGACUUAGCCGGAGAUAGCGCGGAGAAGGCUGCUGCACUAUCUGCUGCUCCCAGUGCAGCCUCAGCGUCCAGCGUCGAUCCUCCUGCGGCAGCUGCUGCAGCUGCUGCUGCCAGCGCAGCAGCAGCGAGCGACGGCUUGGCCUUUAUCGUAGCAGCCGCAGCAACAGCAGUUGCAUCUGCAGCCGAAGGAGACUUCAAGGAAGACAUACGCAAAGAGUUGGAAAGGCAGGAGACACUCGCCGACGACACAACAGGCAGCCUCAGCAUCCGUCGCCUUCCCAUGGAAUUCUCACUUAGCCUCCAAGCCGUCUGUGCGAAGGCCUUGCGGCAAUGCGAAGCUGGGCAGCUGCUCUUGCCGUCUGCUGUGCAGUGUUGUUGGGAGCGCAUUCGUCCUCUUUGCCAGCAGCUCGCUGAAGAGGAUUCUCUACCAGCCGCAGCAGCGACAGACGAGGCCUCCUCUGGCGAAAGAGGUCCAUGUGUCAUAUGCCGUUUGCUUCAGCAGCAUGCAGCUGGCAACAGCAGCGCAUCAGCGGGGGGGGGAAGCAGCAGCAGCAGCAGCAGCAGUAGUACUAGUGGCAGUGGGGGUGGGGGUGCUCUUCAGGAGGCCUUUGACAGCUUGCGCCAGCAGCACAGACACGUCUAUAUCCCGCCGCGCAAAGCCUUACUUUCCAGCUCUCGAAAGGAGAGGCUUUCUCAGCUCGAGGCAAUUGCAGCAUCAGAACUGGAGCAUCUCCGAGGUGGGGAGGAGAUACGGGGGCUUUCACAAAAGCGAGAACGCGAUCAGGAAGCUGUUUCUGAUCGCAUGCAGCAGCAGGGGCAGCAACAUGCGAACAAACGUGACCAAGCCGAGCAUGAUUGGAGGAAGCAGUUGCGUCUUGCUCGCGAAGAAGGGGCUUUCGACUGCCAGAGCGAUGCAGAGGACGGCAGCGACAAGAGAAGAGAUAGCCAGAUCGACGAGGAGCAGCUUCUUCUCGUGGCAGCUGCGAUUGUGGGCAAGAAGGAGAUGGAGGAGCUUGCCAAACAGUUUUUGCUCCGCGUUCAUGGACAUGAGGCCUACCGAGCCGUCGAGUGCAAGGUGCCUCCACACCCUGCUCUUGCUGUGUCAGCAACUGCGUGGCAUGUCUUGCUAGCGUCUACUUCUGGCCCUUUUGUUAGGGAUUUAGGCGAAGUGCAGCAGGGGCAGGAAGAAGGACUACGUGGGAGAGUUACUCCUGGAGACAAGCCACAAGGCGCAGCUGAGCAGCAGGCGGUUGCUGUUGCCGCGGAGGGAGAAUUCUUCGGAGGUGUUGGCAACGUAUCGGGAGCAGAGCGAAUCUGUGGGGCCUUACAACAGGCAGCGGCAACUGCUGCUCCUGCAGGUUCCCCCUUGGGUAGAUCCCCAGAAAGUUGCAUCUACGAAGGCGGCUGCAGAGGAUCGUGUGGCAGUGAGUGGCGUUCGCAGUGUCUCUUGGGGGGGCAGGAGGCUGUGGGCAGAGGAGAUAGAGACUUCUCGGCUGCCUCCCUCCCUUCUAGGAGUACUGGUGAUGUUGCAUGCGAAGAGGGUAGGGUCUGCAUGCUUAGGCCGACACGGAUUAGUGCCAGAGGCGAGAAGGAGAGGGCGUACUGCCGCAAGUGUGAGGCUGCUCCUCGGCGCCAAAACGGGGAGGCGUGCGGAUGGCUGCCUUCUCACUGCCCCUCAAAUCGGCCAAAUCCACGGAUGUGUGUGCCACAAGUUGUGCAGAGAUCCCCUAAUUAUGUGCUUGCAUGUUGCAACCUUGCAUCCGUAUGUAUAGACCACCUUUCCCGAGAACACAGCCAGCUAGAACACGUAUCCGCAACAGCCGCAGAUCCUGCGGCUCGCGAUGUCGAUCCACCCUGCCCCCUCAACGCGGCUCUCCAUGCACAAAAAUUACACCCUAAAACACACUGUUAG